AUGACACAACAAUUCCCAACUAAUAUUAAUCCAAAAUAUAUCCCAUUUUCAAAAGAAAACAGUGCUAUUGCAUCAUGUGGAAAUCCAAUUGAAUUGAAUUUAAAACAAUUAUUUAAAGAUAAUACAGUAGUUGUUACAGCAGUACCAGGUGCUUUCACUCCAACUUGUUCUGAACAACAUAUUCCUGAUUAUUUAAAACAUUUACAAGAUUUUAAAUCUAAAGGAGUUGAAAAAAUUGUGGUUUUAUCAGCUAAUGAUCCAUUUGUUAUGGCUGCUUGGGGUAAAGCUUUAGGUUAUACUAAUGAAGAAAAUUUUAUUGUUUUUGCAACUGAUCCAAAUGGUGCUAUUUCAAAAGAAUUGGGUGAAGAUUAUGUUGCUGAUUUAUCAGGUGUUGGUUUUGGUUUAAGAUUACAAAGAUACGCUUGUAUUGUUAAAAACGGUGAAAUCACUUACUUGAAAAGUGAAGAUGAAUUAGGUUUCACUGAAAUUUCAAGUGCUGAAACUGUUUUAAAGAAAUUGUAA